GUUUUCAAAAUAAUUAUAAUUAAAAUAAUUUUAAAGUAAUUAUGGACGAAGAAGUUACCGCAGUCGUCAUUGACAAUGGCUCAGGAAUGUCAAAGGCAGGAUUCGCAGGAGAUGAUGCUCCAAGAGCAGUCUUCCCAACUAUUGUUGGAAGACCCAAAAUGCCAGGAAUGAUGGUAGGCCUUGACCAGAAAGAGGUCUAUGUCGGGGAAGAAGCCCAAACCAAGAGAGGUGUGCUCAAGACUGAAUAUCCUAUUGAAGCUGGGUUUGUCAAAGACUGGGAUGAUAUGGAAAAAGUCUGGAAUCAUACUAUUUAUAACGAACUCAGAGUUUCUCCAGAAGAGCAUCCUUGAUUAUUGACUGAAGCCCCUCUAAAUCCAAAGAAGAAUAAAGAAACAAUGACUCAGAUUAUGUUCGAAGUAUUUAAUGUUCCUUGUCUCUAUGUACAACAACAAUCAGUCUUAGCCUUGUACUCUUCUGGAAGAACGACUGGUCUUGUUCUUGAUUCUGGAGAAGGUGUCUCAAAUACCGUUCCAAUCUAUGAAGGAUACUCAAUCCCACAUGCUAUCGAGAGAAUUAAUUUAGCGGGUAGCCAUAUCACAAAGUACUUGCAAGGACUUUUAAAAGACAAGGGCAAGAACUUCUCUACUGAUGCUGGUCUAGAAACCGUCAGAGAUAUUAAAGAAAGACUUUGCUACGUUGUUCAUCAAAACUUUGACUCAGUACUAAAGGAAUCAGCCGAAAAUAACUCAGUUGAAAAAACUUAUGACCUUCCUGAUAACAGCAGUAUAACUAUUGGAAAUGAGAGAUUCAGAUGCCCAGAAAUCCUCUUCCAACCAAGCCAUGCUGGCUAUGAGAUGUUUGGAAUUCAUAAAUAUGCAUAUGACUCUAUAAUGAAAUGUGACAUUGACAUCAGAAAAGACCUCUUCAGUAAUAUUAUUCUCGCAGGAGGAACUACUCUCUUCGAGGGCAUUGGAGAAAGAAUGUGGUAUGAGAUCCAUCAACUCGCAUCCUCUAGCAAGAUUAAAGUCUUGACUCCGCCUGAAAGAAACUACUGUGUCUGGCUUGGUGGUUCUAUUCUUGCUGCUCUAUCUACUUUCCAGACAAUGUGGAUCAACAAAUCAGAAUAUGAUGACUCAGGUCCAGGAAUCAUUCACAGAAAGUGCUUCUAACUAAUAGCAGACUAAUUAUUUGCCUGAGAGUAUUUUCAAAUUUAAUUUG